GCAUUCCGUUUCACAUAGGAGUAGGACAGGACAAUUUUGGUUUAUACCCAUUCCUAAUUUAAUUAAUUAAUUUAAAUUGAAUAUACUAAAUUAAAUUAAAUCCCACCAUUAUAUAAACCCCUCAAAAUCAGGAGAAGAUCAAGAAAUUCAUAGAUCUCCGUCCCUUCUGUCUUCUUUCGUGUAUUAACUUCCCGAAUUUCAGCUCUUCGCUCCACUUUUUUCUGGAAAUAUGGAUGAUCAGAUAAACGGUCUUGCAAACGUGGAUGAUCAGGUAAACGGUCUUGCAAAGCAAGUUAAACAAAUGUAUCGCCCAAGCCCAACUCCAAAGUUGAACCAGAGGAUCAUUUCAUCAAUGUCAAGGAGAUCCGUUGCUGCCCAUCCUUGGCAUGAUCUUGAGAUUGGACCUGAAGCCCCUGAAAUUUUCAACUGUGUUGUUGAAAUCAGUAAAGGAAGCAAAGUCAAGUAUGAGCUUGACAAAAAGACUGGGCUUAUCAAGGUUGAUAGAAUAUUGUACUCGUCUGUGGUCUACCCUCACAACUAUGGUUUUAUUCCACGAACAUUGUGUGAAGAUGGUGAUCCCAUGGAUGUGUUGGUGCUUAUGCAGGAACCAAUUGUCCCAGGUGCCUUCCUCCGAGCUCGGGCCAUUGGUCUGAUGCCUAUGAUUGAUCAGGGGGAGAAAGAUGAUAAGAUUAUUGCAGUUUGUGCUGAUGAUCCUGAAGUUCGACACUACACCGACAUCAACCAACUUCCUCCUCAUCGCUUGGCUGAGAUCAGACGCUUUUUUGAGGACUACAAGAAAAACGAGAACAAAGAGGUUGCUGUGGAUGAAUUUUUGCCACCUCAAACUGCUUGUGAUGCCAUCAAGCACUCCAUGGAUCUUUAUGCUGAAUACAUUCUACAGACAUUGAGAAGAUGAAUGCUGCUUAUAAUUUAUUUUGACAGCCAUAUCCUAAAGUUAUAUGGAAGGCUUUUGGUAACAGAUAUCACCCGACUCUAGAUGCUACCUAUUGAAGAGUUUGUGUUAGAAAUUCAAAAAAAAAAACAAAAAAAGCUGAAAAUUUAUUUGUUCUUCUGUAAUAUUAUUUAUCUUGCCAAAUUAUUGUAGUAAAUUUCAAUGAGCUUCAUGAAGUUAGAAAUUUUGUUUUCUUAUACUUCGUAUCAUGUUUGAUAUUGGAAGCUAUUGUGAAAUUGUCACAAAAUGGGAAUAUUCUUUUUCUUUCAA